UCCACAUCAUCUUCUUCCCCACUUUCGAGUUGCGAACCAAAACGAUCCUCCUCUUCCGUCACACCUCAGUCUCACUGAGAAUGGGAAGCUUAAACAACAACAAGAACAGACCAUUCUUAUCACACCACCAGUCUCCGUGCACCCGAACCCACCAGAUUGGUGCCCUAGCCCUAAUCGCGACUACCUUCUUCAUCACCAGACUCUUCGACCAAUCAUCACUCGCUUCCUGCAACUACUCCUCCUCGUUCAAUGGCCAAACCAGAUCCCAAAUCGGCGUCGUCCGAUUCGACAACAACGAAGGUUCCAUUUCGUGGCCCGAACGAGGGUUCGGGUCCCACCUCUCCCUCAAGAUCUAUGUAUACGAUGAGCUGGAGAUCGACGGCCUCAAGACCUUGAUGUAUGGUCGGGACGGCAAGAUCUCUGCUGAUUCUUGCAUCAAAGGACAAUGGGGCACUCAGGUUAAGAUACACAGAAUGCUUUUACACUCGAGAUUUCGAACAAGAAAGAAAGAGGAAGCAGAUUUGUUUUUUGUACCAACUUAUGUUAAAUGUGUUCGUAUGAUGGGUGGUCUGAAUGAUAAAGAAAUUAACCAGACGUAUGUGAAGGUGUUAAGUCAAAUGCCAUAUUUUAGGCUUUCUGGUGGACGCAACCACAUAUUUGUCUUCCCAAGUGGCGCUGGAGCCCACUUGUUCAGAUCCUGGUCAACAUAUAUGAAUCGUUCCAUAAUUCUUACUCCCGAGGGGGAUCGAACAGACAAGCGAGACACAAGUGCUUUUAAUACAUGGAAAGAUAUCAUCAUCCCCGGAAAUGUUGAUGAUGGGAUGACCACUCAUGGUGCCAGGUUGGUCCAACCUUUGCCUUUAUCAAAGAGGAAAUAUUUGGCAAACUUUUUAGGUCGAGCACAAGGUAAGGUGGGUCGCCUUCAAUUGGUGGAGCUUGCAAAGCAAUUCCCAGAAAAGUUGGAAUCUCCAGAGUUGAAGUUCAGUGGCCCUAACAAGUUGGGGAAGGUCGAAUAUUUUCAACACCUCCGCAAUGCCAAGUUCUGUCUAGCUCCGCGUGGCGAGUCAUCAUGGACCCUUCGCUUUUACGAGUCCUUUUUUGUGGAGUGUGUCCCAGUUAUCAUAUCAGAUCAUGCAGAAUUACCUUUCCAGAAUGUUAUUGAAUACACCCAGAUAUCAAUCAAAUGGCCGUGGAAUCGUAUAGGUCCCCAGCUUUUGGAGUAUCUAGAAUCAAUACCAGAUGAGGACAUAGAGAGGAUGAUAGCCCAUGGUAGACAGGUGAGGUGCUUAUGGGUUUAUGCUCCUGAAUCAGAGCCCUGCUCGGCGUUUAAUGGAAUCAUGUGGGAACUUCAGAGGAAAGUGAGGCAAUUCCACCAGUCAAGUGAAACAUUCUGGCUUCACAAUGGAUCUACAGUGAACAGAAACUUAGUAGAAUUUAAUCAAUGGAAACCUCCCACGCCCUUACCUUGAACAUGCUGGAGAUGAUCGUCUAUUGUUAACAGUAUUGUGUUUGCAUUAACCAUGCUUUAGAUCUGUCUGAGUCAUACCAUUUUUUCCAAUGCUACAAUUUGUAGAGAUUUUUUUUUAGGUGUACAAUCUUGUGUAUACAGACAUCAAGAAUUGGAACUGUACUCUGUAGCUGAUCUUAUUUUUGCUUGCCCACAUGUUACUCUAAUUUACAGAUUGUCUGUCCGAAAACGUUAAAUGUCUCUUCUAUUCGAUCUUUCAUUUUAAUAUUGGGUAAAUUAUACUCACACCUUCUAAGGUUUC